AUGACGGGUCACUCUUCGUGGGAGGAACAACGCUAUUUGUAUCCUCAUGAUAUUCGAGAUAAAUUUCCAGUAUGGGAACGUGAGUUUAGUAUUCAACCAUUUAAAUAUGAACGUGCACGUUUACCAUUUCGAAUGAGCAACGAAGAACGUUUAUGGCGUAAGCAAUGGCUUCAAGAUCAACUUUUAGCAGCUGAUGAGCCGAAAAACGUUCCGAAUUUAAAUAAGCUCCACAAAAAUCCCAUUCGCUAUAGAUGGAUGGUUUUUUGGGAUAGUGUUUUCAACCGAUUACGUCCAGUUGUGGGUAAUAAUACUGCAUCCAUCCUUCGCCAAGUCGUUCCUAAGCUCCUUGUCAUUCAUUUGGGUGUUUGCAGUUGGAUAUACAUGGCUCUUUAUCACAAACAAGACUGGGAAAAAUGGGGUGGAGUUCAAAUUUAUGGUUACAAAGGUUAUAAUGCUGCUACUGUCCAACCAUGGAAAUCACUCGAGUCAAACGAUUAUGUCGAUCGUGGUUUCAAAGCACGUACAAGCAACCGUUGGUCUGAACACAAAUACUAG